UGCAUGCUUGCUUGUGUUUCUCUGAACUGAAAGUUUUAUUUAUUUUGUGAGUGAUUCGUUAAAAGAAACAUGGUGUCCUACUUCACAAUCGACGCUACCGGCGAGGGGACAAAUUUUCAAAAGGAAAUUUCCAACAUGAUGCACGGAUUCGGAGACAACCCCAACCCGAAUGCCGCCACCGUGGUUCUCGUAGAAAAUGUAGUUUUGCAACAGCUCCGGACUAUGCUACAGGAGGCUUGGACGCUAUGCAACGCUAGAGGAGGAAAGGCUAUUUCUAACUACGACAUUAUUUAUUUAAUGCGUAAAAAUAUAAUAAAAUUGAAACGCUUGCAUGACUACCAAAUUAAGUUAGACACGUUAGAUAAAGGCAGGCAAGUUCCUUCAGGGACCACAGCAGAGACUUUAAACUCAUUAAUGUUGGAAGACGAUAUUGAUCCUCAAAAUAGAAAAAGACGGACACACAUAGACAUAAUAAAAGAAGUAGAUGAGUUUGAUGAAGUAAGUCAAAUCAAGUUUGACACCAUAGACUAUUUAAGAAAAGUGAGAGCUGCAAAACUAACUGAGUCAAUGUCCUUUGAGAAAUAUGAAGCGUACCAUAAAGCAAGGUGUAGUUCUUUUCGGUCUGGGAAUCAAUUAGUGAAAGGUUACGCUAAACUGGAACGGUGGAUAAAUCCAAACAAAGAAUUGAAAAUUACAAUGUUCGCCCUUGAAGUAUUAUGUUUCAUAGCCUAUGAGACGGUAGCAGAAAUUGUUGACGCAGUAUUCCUUAUAAGGCAAGAUGGUAAAAAGAAGAAUGGUGAUCCGUUCAGUAAGUAUGAAGGUGGGCAUUUCUGUAACCCGUUAAGUUUGAAUAAUGCGGUUUAUAUCAAGUCUGGAUACGAAGGAGUGCCAGCUAUUACAGUGGCGGAAGUGAGAGAAGCAUUGAGAAGAUAUUUCUCACCGAGGACUGGCAUGAAUGGGUUAUUUUAUAGAAACAUGUCUUUAGAUUUACCUACCAGAUAUCUAAUAUUGUAAUUAAUACUUAAGUGCUAACCAAUUACAAUUUUGUUCUAAAUUUGGCUUCUGUGAAGUUGCAGGCAUUUUUACUGUAGGUACUGUGCACAAUAAUUCAUAAUCACUUACCUACUUAUUUUAUUAAAUUAUGUAAACUCCAAGUCAGUAAGUGAAAGUGAAUUAGAAGUACUAUUGGAAAAUUGAUCAACAAAUCAUUUUUGUAUUAAAAGCAAUCAGUCUACAUUGAUACAU